UGAUCAGACAACGGUGAAAUUGAUUGAAUGCAGUCCGCACGAUGCAGGAAAUGGAGAUGAGUGAUCACAAUAAUGAGCCACCAAGAGACAUGAAGAAGUGCAGUGGAGGUAAAAAACAAGCAGUUUCUGUUGGUUUUGUAGAGAGAAGAUUCAGCUGCCAGCUGAUUGUCCUCGGCUUUGGCCUGCUGUGCAGCGCGCUGGUCACCUUCACCUGUUGUUCACGCCUGACUCAGUCCUCUCAGCUAUGUCCUCCAGGGUGGACGGAGAUCCAAUCCAGGUGCUACUUUCUCUCCACUGAGCAUAAAUCAUGGGAGGACAGCAGAAACUACUGUCAGAGUAAUGGGGCCGACCUCGUGGUGAUCAACAGCGAAGAGGAGCAGAGGGCCAUCUAUCGCCUGGAUGAGGACGGUUGGCUCUUGUUCUGGAUUGGUCUCAAAGGCACAAAUGGGGCUUUCAGAUGGGUGGAUGGAUCUGCGCUGACCAAACCAUUUUGGAAGGUCGGACAGCCAGAUCAUGGCGGUCCCAACAAUGUUGAGGACUGUGUGGAGAUGUAUCACCAUGACCCAGCGCUCGCCAACUGGAAUGACGCCCCCUGUGGACACGGGCGGCGCUGGUUGUGUGAGAAAGACCCAAAAUAAUGGGGCACCCCUAUAGCUCACCAAAUUGAGCGGGCGACCCAC